AUGCAAUGGACUAGCAUUGCGGAAUUGAGCAUUACCCUUUCCAUUUCAUUACCUUGGGACACUCACUUAAGAAAGAAUGUCGAAAACAGGACAGGAAGGACGGUCAGACUGACGCCCUUAUAUACUCCAAGCCUUGUCCGUCCACCCCAAGCAGCUACUCUUACUGAGAUUGAAGCAGCAAGAGAGAUCUUACCAGUCAAGCUCCAUGCCUUGGAGCACCACUCUCUAAUCUCCUUGAGAGUAGGCCUCCUAUCACCGAAUCGUGAUAUCAAAGAAAAUCUGUAUCUGCUGUUUGCUAGCAGCAGACUCUCCUCCUCCCACUCAACAAAGGGAAUACCAUCUUAG